AUGUCGGCCCUGGCAUCAGCCGAUUACACAUACAACCAAACAACGGGCGUAUACACCUGCUCCCGCGCCAACUCCCAAUGGUGCGCCGGCGACUCCUUCGGCACAGACAUCAUCAUCCGCUGCAACGCCCAAGGCAAGGGGCAACCGGGCCGCUGCACAAACAACCUCGCCGGGGAGUACCCCCGCGGCGUCCAGCCCGCGCAGUGCUGGAUGAGCAACGCCGACGCGGGCGAUGCCGCCUGCGAGAAGAACUGCGUCGUCUACGCCAGCCCUCAGCCCUUCCUCCUACCGCCCAGCGUGUGCACUCCGUACUCCGCCGUCACGGGCUCUCAGACAUACCCCGUCGGGAGACCUACUGGUAGCAUGGCCCCCGGUGGUAAUGGUACCGGUGCUGGCGGUGGACGCGGCGGCGGCGGUUCCAUGAUGACGAGGAGCUCUUCGACGUUUGGAUUCACUUUCCCCAUGCCUGAGCCUACUGGUCCUGGUACUGGCGGCGGAGGUGGCGGCGGAGGUGGCAGCGGUGGUGGAAGCGGUGGUGGUGGUGGCGGUCGCGGUAAUGGCACUGCUCCGACGACUUCUCGUGGUAAUGGCAUGGCCCCCUCGAUGUCUCGCGGCAAUGGCACUAUUCCGACAACUGUCCCGCGUGGUAACGGUACUGCCCCAACAACGACCCCGGGCGGCAGUGGUGCUCCCGGAGCUCCUACCAGCAACCCCGGCGCACCUGGUACUCCGGGCCAACCUGGCCAGCCCGGUCAACCCGGUCAACCUGGACAAUCUACCCAACCUGAACUACUGUGGUCGAUUUUGCUGCCGGACGUUGCCUACCAUUCCGUCUCUCACGUAUUCCAGGAAAAGGCGCCCGACGUGGCCAACCACGACCCAGAGUUCUUCCUGAGAUGGAGGAGGUUCUGGAAGCUGCGCACCGUCUGCCGCCGCUUCAACGACUUCCUCUUUCCGUUGCUAAGCCAUGCCUUCCGUCAAGAGGCCCUCAGCAUCCUGGCCGCCACGGUUAUCGUCGACUGCGCCCAGCACGAGCUCGGUUGGAUAGGGGUCAUCGAGGGCUGCUACCACCCACUACAGUCCCUCAGCCAAAUCCUGGAGCGUUGGAUGCUGGACGAACGGCAGAGGAACAGUUUCCUCUGGAACAUGUACGUGGCCCUCAGAAAUCCGAACCGCGUGGUCACCAUUCGCGACGAACGCCUAAUAUUGGCGAUGAACAAUGACCGCGCGGAGAAACUGGUACUGUGCGCUUUCGACGACUGGUGCUGGCAGUAUCGGGAAGACCUCCUGAGGCUCGGCGGUCCGACCUAUUCGUGUAUGCAUUGGUGGCGCGGUGAGGAUCCCGCGGGCUGCUAUGCGUAUAAGAAAAUGCAGGAGGGUCAGAUGCAGACCCUGGAAUGCUUGCGUAUGACGGUCGACCCUUUGGUCGACGAUCUCAUCAAGUUAUGGUUCAGGACGGUGACCUAA